AUGUCGCGACCAGAAUUGCAAGCCCCUCCGGAAAUUUACUAUGGGGACAUCGAGGCCAAAAAGUACACAAAAAACACCCGUAAUCAACAGAUCCAGGCCGACAUGACCUACCGAGCCCUGGAACUCUUAAAUCUACCACCUGAUGAACCUGCUUUUCUGCUCGACAUAGGAUGUGGCUCCGGAUUGUCAGGCGAAAUCCUCACGGAAGAAGGAUACAUCUGGGCCGGUGUAGACAUCGCUCCUAGCAUGCUAGAGGUGGCUUUGGAAAGGGAGGUCGAAGGGGAUCUCUUCCUCCAGGAUAUAGGCCAGGGCUUUGGGUUCCGACCAGGUAGCUUCGAUGGGGCUAUCAGUAUAUCCGUACUUCAGUGGCUCUUAAAUGCUGAGACGUCUCACCCCACAUCCUCACCUCCGCAUCGGCUCAGUCGAUUCUUCACAACGCUGCAUUCCGCCCUACGAAAUCCGUCUCGCGCUGUCUUCCAGUUCUACCCAUCCUCGGAUGAUCAGAUACAGCUAAUAACAUCAUGCGCACUCAAAGCGGGAUUUGGAGGAGGCAUCGUGGUCGACUAUCCCAAUUCCAAUAAAGCCAAAAAAGUGUUCCUUUGCCUAUUCGUUGGUGGAGGCGGACAACAACAAAUGCCCAAGGGACUGGAAAGUGAAGUAGAGGAGGAUGCUCGAGCGAGAUUCGAGCGGAGAAGGGAGAGAGUACGGAGUAAGGAUAAAAGCGGGAAACGAAAGCACAUGAAGGACAAAGAUUGGAUUCUUCAUAAGAAAGAGUUGUACCGGAAACGUGGAAAAGAGGGAGUCCCGAAUGAUUCUAAGUUUACAGGGAGACGACGACGUCCAGCCUUCUGA